AUUCCCAGCUGUGUAGAUGCGGGCUAGCUAACCGGUUAGCGGUCUGAGGUACAUUUUGCCUCUUUAUUCCCGGUAAAAUCAACCGACAGCUCCUCUUCUCCCGUUAACACCGGCUCCUCUGCCCGCCGCCAUGCCGGUUCACUCCCGGGAGAAGAAAGAAAGCAACCACGAAGAAAUGGAGGUGGAUUUUCCGGAGCAGGACGGCAGCAGCACGGACGAGGAGGACACGGUGAGCUCGUCGGUGUCUGAAGAUGGAGACAGCUCGGAGAUGGACGAUGAAGACUGUGAGAGGAGGAGGAUGGAGUGUCUGGAUGAGAUGACCACUCUGGAGAAACAGUUCACCGACCUCAAGGAGCAGUUGUAUAAGGAGCGUCUGAGUCAGGUGGACAUCAAGCUGCAGGAGGUGAUGGCCGGCUGUGCUCAGGAGUACCUGGAGCCUUUAGCCAACCUGCAGGAGAACAUGCAGAUCAGGACCAAAGUCGCCGGGAUCUACAGGGAGCUGUGUCUGGAGUCGGUGAAGAACAAGUACGAGUGUGAGAUCCAGGCCGCCUGCCAGCACUGGGAGAGCGAGAAGCUGCUGCUGUUUGACACCGUGCAGAGCGAACUGGAGGAGAAGAUCAGGAGACUGGAGGAGGACAGACACAGUAUUGACAUUACCUCAGAGUUGUGGAAUGACGGAUUGCACUCCCGGAAAAACAAGAAAAAAGACCCAUUCUGCCCCGUCAAGAAGAAGAAGCCUGUCGUCGUCUCUGGGCCGUAUAUUGUUUACAUGCUGCAGGAUCUCGAUAUACUUGAAGACUGGACGGCGAUCAGAAAGGCGAUGGCAUCUCUGGGGCCCCACAGGGUGAAGGUGGACGUCCCCGCAGUCAAGCCUGACAGACAUCACCAUGUGGCACGCUUCGAGGACGGACGACUUUUUUAUGACAACCAGUGGUACUGCAGAGGGCAGGCCAUCUGCAUCAACAGGAAGGACGAGUACCCGACCAGCGCCAUCAUCACCACCAUCAACAACGACGAGGUUUGGUUCAAACGGCUGGAUGGCACCAAGUCCAAGCUCUACAUCUCGCAGCUGCAGAAAGGCAAAUACACCAUCAAGCACUCAUAAAACCCACUUCAACACACACACACGCACACACACACACACACACACACACACACACACACACACACACACACACACAGACCAUCAUUUCUGCUGUGUUUCUUUUUGUCUCCUCCCCAUGUGGUGGUAUCUUUCUACAUCCUUGCCAUAUGUACAGUCACACACACACACACACACACACACACACACACACACACCUCGCUUCACUCUCUGUGUGUAAGUAACAAAAACAAAUAUCAACUGACCUUCUCGUCAAACGAGACGAUCUUCUCUGUAAAUAUGUACGUAUGUUGAUAUUAUCGAAAAGGUCACAAAGUGUCAUUUUCUCUGGAACGGAGAUCAAUGCAAAGUGCUGCUAAAAAAAGAAAAAAAAGGGGCGAGGAAUCGGAGUGAACUUUGAACCGCGGAGCUCAGUCGCGUGCCUUUCUGAGAUGAUGCCUCGGCUGACGGGGGGGUGGACAAAAAAAUCCUAAACUUUGAAUCUCAAUGCAGUGAAGCCUUACUCUGUACUGUGUUAGCACCACGAGGACUGAAGCGGGUCAGUGAAGGAGCGAGCGAGAAACUCUGAUCCAGGUGAGGACGCCGUCAGCAGCGUGCUGGAUUUUCCUCUCUGGACGGUUAGACUUGAAUUUCAUGCUCCGUAGAGCCGAAUAACUCUGGAUCCCCAGGGACCCCCAGAGUCAGGAAAUGUUUCAUUUAGUUUAAAAAAAUUGCACAGGCGUCAAUAUGGAGCUGCAGUAAUCAAUUUUGAGUAAAUGACGAUAUCGUGAACAUAAUGAGAUGAAACUAAACCCCGGGGAGUGUUGAAACACGCUCGGGAUCUACUGUACUGAAGGAUCUCUUGAUGUUUUAGUGUGAUUUUCACAGCGUUAUGUUUUGAGUUCAAACCGAGGACGGCCCCGUGCACUAACAAAAACACACGAACUGUAUUUAGGCGUGCAGUAACGGGAGGUGCCCUGUGUAUACAGAGAUGACUGUGUGUUUCGUCUUUACUUCACUGUGAUUUUUCCCUCCGUCUCUUAUCAUGUUGCGUCUCAUAGUGCCUACUGUAGAACCAGGACUAAAGGGGAACUUUCUGUCUGGACCCUAAUUUUCCAUGUUUUUGUGUCUAAGUGACUCGUGGGAACAACAACAGUCAACAUCUGUUCAAUUUAAGGCUAUAUUUAGAUAUUUUCACUGCUUUACAGCAGCUUUUCACUCCUGACAGAGAUUUUAAGCUGUUUUAUCAAAGACACGAGACUCCACUGAGAAACAUUUUUUCAUUGAGGACAUUUUUCCCUACUUUUUGGGUAAUUUCUAAUAAUUGUCCCCUCCAUCUAUAUGUAAUUUUCUUUUCCCAAUUCACUGAUUUCUUGCAAUUUGUGGAACAUU